GAACUUCUUCCUACGUACGAGGGCGGGCUCCUCCCUCGCUGGCCCGCUGCCCCGCCCCUUCCGGCGCUAACAUCUUCCAUCAGCGCUAUCUCUAGACCCGCACCGGAACUUUGGUCCCGAGCGCUGGUUUCCGCCGGGGUCGGAGAAAGCCGACGGACCGGAAGAAGUCCGGCGGAGCGACGAACCGGUGCAGGUCUCUCGGAUGUUAUGGCAGCCUCUUGUAGGCAGGUGUUCCGGUGGCCGCAGCUGGCUCUCUUUCAGGCUCCUGGCCGCCUGCUAACUACGGCCUCCCUUCCAGGGGCCGGGGAAGAAGCCCCGAGUCCAGGCUCCUCCGAGAGCCCCGCUGAGGGGGGCCUCCUGGGCCAGCAGGAGGCGGAGGCCCGGCGGUGGCUGCUGGACGCGGGCUUCGACCCCACUCAGACGGCGCAGCUGCUGAGCGCCCGGCAGGGGGUCAGGCCCCCCCACGUGUGGGCUGUGGUGUCGGAGCUGCUGCUGCUGGGCCUGAGCCCCGGGCCGGUGUGUGAGGCGGUGCGGAGGAACCCUGGCAUCCUGCAGCUGUCGGGGGCCCAGCUGAAGAGCCGAGCCAGCCGCCUGCGGAAGCUGGGGCUCGGAGCAGGGAACUUGCAGCACGUGUGUCACUGGUGCCCGGACGUGUUCACCAUGAGCUCGGGCCGCCUGGACGGCCUCGUCUCGGUCCUCCGGGACAGGUGCCUCUUCAGCGGGCGGCAGGUCACCGAGAUCCUGCACACGUGCCCCCGAGUGCUGCUGGAGGAGCCGGAGGCCCUGGAGUACAAGUUCCAGUACGCCUAUUUCCGGAUGGGAAUAAAGCAGCCGGACCUGGUGAAGACCAAGUACUUCCAGUACUCCAUGGCCAAGAUCAAGGAGAGGCACGGCUUCUUGGAGCGCCUGGGCCGCUACCAGACCCCCGAUAAGAAGGGGCAGACCCAGAUCUGUAACCCUUCCCUGAACUCCAUCCUGAGGGUCCCCGAAGCGGAGUUCCUGGCCAGCACGGCCCGCUCGUCUCCCGAGGAGUUCCAGAUCUUUAAGAAGCUCCUGGCCCGCGAGGAAGCGGAGGAGGGCGACGGGGGCUCGUCGGACGAGGACGAUUCGGACCUGGAGGACGCCGACAGUUCUGGGGAUGAGGAGGACUAAAGGCUGGACGGACGCCCGCCUUGGGAGGAGGGUCGCUAGGAGGGGCGUUUGGGAUCCUGGAAUUGCUGACAGACAGACGGACUUACCCAGACCCUGGGCGAGCUCCUAGAGCAGGGAGCCGGCCUCAUCUGGGAGGAGCCAGCCCAGAGCAGAGAGGCUGGUGCUUAGGGGCCCGCUGGGCCCGGCACCAUGGGUGUAAAAACAAUAAAGCCCACUUUGGUCUCCC